GCUUAGUCACUCUAACGGGGCAACAACAGCCUUCCACGUGCGCCAAAGCGGGAGGGCCGCGUGACGCCAGGCGGCCAAUCGGAAAGCGCUUCGUGUAGGAUCGUCGCCCUCCUUCUUCGCGCCGCUCCUGCGAGCCGACGUUAUAAGGGAAGCCCCGCGAAAAAAGGAAGGGAGUGACCGGACGGACAGUUGGCCGGUGGCAGCCGCAAGUGUAUGCGCCUGGGGGGAACAGGAGCCUUACAAUGGCUAGUACACAGGCUGUCUUCAUAUUUGUACUCUGCAUUUUAAUGAUAACAGAAUUAAUCCUGGCUGCAGAGAGUUAUUAUGACAUCCUAGGUGUUCCCAAGAAUGCAUCUGAUCGUCAAAUCAAGAAGGCAUUUCACAAACUAGCAAUGAAAUAUCACCCAGACAAAAAUAAGGGUCCUGGAGCAGAAGCAAAAUUCAGGGAAAUUGCAGAAGCAUAUGAGACAUUGUCAGAUGAAAACAGACGUAGGGAAUAUGACCAAUUUGGACGAAGAAGCAACGGAAACGCUUUCCAGCAGCCUUUUAACUUCAAUUUUGAUGACUUGUUUAAAGACUUUGACUUCUUUGGCGAAAACCACAAUGCACAGUCAAAGAAACAUUUUGAAAAUCAUUUUCAGAAUCAACAGCAGGCUCACAGCAGGCAAAGACGUUCUUUCCCAGAAUUUUCCUUUGGAGGGGGACUGUUUGAUGACAUGUUUGAAGAUAUGGAAAAGAUGUUUUCAUUUAAUGGGUUUGACAACACACACCGGCAGACGAUGCAAACUGAAAACAAAUUCCAUGGAUCUAGUAAGCACUGUAGAACUGUCACUCAGCGUCGAGGAAACAUGGUUACUACAUUCACAGACUGUUCUGGACAAUAAAACUUGGCAGUUUCUUUUCUUC